GGUACAUUUUAUCGUUCGAAUGUGAGGCAUUUUAAUAUGUCGCAAUAUUUUGAGUAGGUAGUUAUAAUACAAUUCGCUAGUGCCCAUCGGUCGYCAUUAACUACUUAGGUAUCUAGAAAUUAGUUAUAUUUUAAUUUCAUUGUGACACUAUUUUAAACUCUCGUAUAUUGAUGCAGCGCAGGCUCAAAACGUCAUUAAUUCGACCAGAGACAGUUGUUGAAAGACCUAUUCCCUUGCUGCCCACUUCCCGAACAGUACAAUAAAUUAUUAUUAUUAAUCACCAAACCGACAAACAAAUAACAAUUAGCAGAGUGGGAUAAUAACAUCAUCAUUAUCGUUCGCGUCGUUACUCGUAGCGUAAUUGCGUAAUAUCAUAAUUUUCGGUUUCGGAGGUUUUUUUUUUAUAAUAAAAAAAUCAUUAUCAUUCGGACGUGGUCGAUGUUGUUUUAUUUUUGUGACAGGGAACUCCGAUUGGACAACAACAGCUGUUGAUAAAAAAAAAUAUGUGAUAACUAUUAUACGUCUAUGCCUGACAUUUAUCCACUAUUCAGUGUUCCUAAGAAAGUAAGAACAAUAAUUGAUCAACAAAUCCUGCAAGCUGUAUUAAUUAUUUUCGAGACUAUUUACCGCAGGUCCAUAAUAUUAUUAUAAUUUUAUGUGUUUUGGACAUUCAAAACAGUUUCUUUGCAAAGUGACUCAAUUGAUAUUUAUAAAAUGAUAAGCUUAUAAAUUAAAUACUUCAAGUCUUCAACGCUAUUGAAUUCAUUGAUUGAGUAAAUCGCCUAGUUAAGAUCUUACAAAAAUGGAAAACUCAAAUAUCAGCCAACGUUCAUCUUCCUGCAAUCAAGAAYCAUCUGAGCCGAAACAUUGUUGGGUUUGUUUUGGUACUGAUGAUGAUGACUAUGAAAAUAACAGAGAUUGGGUGUCACCAUGCAAAUGUCGCGGUUCUACACGAUGGGUUCACCAGAGUUGUGUUCAACGUUGGGUUGACGAAAAACUGAAAGAAAAUCUUAGUGUUAAAGCACAUUGUCCACAAUGCCAUACACAAUAUAUUAUUGUAUAUGAUGAAGUCAAUUACUUAGUUCGAUUUUUAAACAAACUUGAUAAGACAGCUAAUCAGCUAUGUCCUUUUUUGGCAGCUGGUGUUGUGGUCAGCACUCUAUAUUGGUCAGCAGCUUCUUAUGGAGCAAUAACGAUGAUGCAGGUAAUGGGUGAAAGAGAAGCUAUAACAAUGAUGGAGAAUACAGAUUCAUAUAUGUUACUCUUGGUUUUGCCAUCAAUACCCCUCAGUCUAAUUUUAGGCAAAACGAUCAAUUGGGAAGAAACCUUGUUGUUAUUUGUGCAGAGAUUUACCUCACAACUACCCUUGUUAAGAACCAUCAUGCCUUCGUUUUUAUGUGAACCUGUUAACAGUUCAACGAGUACAGUCCAAUUCAAUUCAGUCGUUAAUCCAACAACUACUCUUUGUGCUGCACUUUUGUUGCCAACUACUGCCACAAUAGUUGGAAAUUUAUUAUUUAACAAUAGUUCAUAUUCAUAUUUACAAAAAACUUUAUUGGGUGGGUUAGUGUACAUUGCAGUAAAAGGAGCAUUCAGAAUAUACCAAAGACAACACAAUAUUAUAAAAGAAAGAACACGUAAAGUAAUUGACUAUCCCGAAAUUGAUACUGAAGGAAAUAAUUAGAAAUCCAUACCAUAAUCCAAUACUUGUUUACAUCACUUAAAAUACAUAACAUCUUAAUAUUGUAAAUAAAUAUAUAAACAUA